AUGAUGACGCUGAUACGGAGUCAAGUUCAGAGACAGAGCCGAGUGCUGGACCGUCCUCGGCCUCUGGACCGUUCUCGGCUCCUGGACCGUCCUCGGCUCCUGGACCGUCCUCUGCUGCUGGUUCUUCCUCUGCUGCCGGUCGUUCCCCUGCUGCUGCACCUACAGGUCCACAAAGGAAGAGAGCGAGGAAGCGCACCACCCAGGACACCUCCGCCCAGGAGCUAUCGCGCUUGGAGCUGGAGCUGA